AUGGAGACGGAAAGUUGUUUGUCUUUCUCUUCACCGGCAAACAGGACAACGCCGGCAAACUCACCGGGUAUAGAGCACGCUUCGGGCUCAUUUCUUCCCUGUGAUGCGCUACAGAAAACAUCGCAACAUCUUCAGCACCGUCUCAGUCUGCGGGGUGAUUUCUACAACUCCUCCAUGGGAAGGUUUAAUGACACUCCCGUGGACUUUACGCACGGCACAGGCUCAACGAACCCUCGCGCUUCACCCUCCAAACACACUAAGUACUUGGAUGAUAUUAACCAGGACCAAAAAGGUUUAUCGAUAUCCGGAAAGGGCUCGUUUUAUGACAACAAUUCAGAAGCCACAGAAAAAUCAGCCUCCAAACCGAUGGCCUAUUCUGUGAUUGGCUCCGACUGCUGCAUCAAGCUGAAGGAGCAAGCCAAUGGUCUACCAGGGGAGUCCAUUGCUGACUCCAUCGACCUAUCAGGCAAGAACAAGAAGCGUCGUAAUCGCACCACCUUCAGUACCUUUCAGCUGGAGGAGCUGGAGAAGGUGUUUCAGAAGACCCACUACCCUGAUGUUUACGCCCGAGAGCAGCUGGCCCUUAGGACAGAGCUGACAGAGGCCAGAGUACAGGUGUGGUUUCAGAAUCGCAGAGCCAAGUGGAGGAAACGCGAGCGCUACGGCAAGAUCCAGGAGGUGCGCAACCACUUUGCAGCUUCAUACGAUCUCUCUCUCCUCCCUCGCCAUGACACAUACCAGAUGCAGAGCAACUUGUGGCCGGGGGCGGGGGCAGGAAGUGGUGGAGGGGCCGGCGGGGGUUGCGUCCUGGGAGCCGCAGAUGCCAUGCCAUCCUCCUGCAUGAGCCCCUACAUGAACUCCCACCCCCACAGCAACCUCCCUGGCUUCAUGGGCAUGCCUACGUCUCCCAGCCACCCUCACCACCAUCACCACCACCCACCUCACCACCCAGGAAUCAACAGCCUCUACUCCCUGCAUAGCUUCCCAGGGGGCCUCGGGGCACACUCCUUUGAGCCUGGGCCAGACACAGAGUACAAGCCUUCAGGUCUGGUAGCCCUUAGAAUGAAAGCCAAGGAUCCCAGCAGUCUUCUCUCCUGGCCCACAUGA